AUGGAUACAUAUACAUGUUUAGAAGAUUUAUCAACUGAAAUUUUCUUCGAAAUAUUUGAUUAUUUACAUGCACUUGAUAUAUUUACUGCUUUUGCUUCAUUAAAUAAACGAAUUUUGUCUAUUCUACAAUCAAUUCGACUUCAUGUUAUCAUCUUAGACAGUAAUUAUGAUCGAGAAAUAAAAUUUCUUUCUUCUCAUCUUACUUAUCAUGCUGAUCAAGUCAUAUCACUAAAAUGUUAUGAUACAAUUCGUGAUCGUUCAUCUAUUAUUAGUUUACUAUUUAAUCGACAUCAUUUUGUAAAUCUUCAAUCAUGUAUAUUUAUGUUGGAUAAUUCAUCAACUAUACUUGCAAAUGUUAUUAGACAAGUUGAAAGUUUGAAUACGCUUGUUGCAUUUUUUAUCAUACAACCAAAUUAUAAAAAAACCAAUGAGAAAGGCAAAUGUGAUAUAACUCGAACUUUAUCGAUGAACAAACCAUCUUCUCUUCGUUCCGUUAGGCGUUAUUAUGAUUAUGAUCACUCGGACAUAUCAACUUAUAAUUCAAUUGCUACGAAUCUUACAUCACUUGAUUUGUUACUGUCUGGCUUAACGAAGACAGUAUCAGUUUAUUCAAUUUUGCCAAUUUUUCGUGUUUGUGAUAGAAUACGAUAUCUACAUGUCAUUAUAAAACAUGAAAUUCUAUCUGAAAAUUAUAAAUUCAAUGCUUCAAUGCAAGAAUUAUAUAUUAAUGAAAAUGAUCUUCCUAUAUCACCACAAGUGACAUCAUUCGAUUUAUCAAUUUUUCUUAAAUGUAGCAUUCAUUCAAUCGCUUAUAUCUUACGUUGUAUGCCUAAUCUUAAUCGUUUUAAGUUUCUUUAUGGGACACGAACCGUAGCUCGGUCGUUUACUGAUGAUUUGGUCAACGGUUAUACAUGGCAACAUAUGUUUGAAAUGUAUACUCCAUUUUUAUCUAAAUUUGAUUUUCAUAUCUCAAUAGAGAAAAAUUAUCCAAAAUUAGAUUUAGACAUAGUCAUAAAUUCAUUUCAAUAUUUCGUUAACAAAUACCUCAAAUGGCAUAUGAUUAUUGAUCGAUGGGAAUCUGCUGACAACCAUCUAGUGAAUUGUAUUCAAUCAAAUGACAAUGAUGUUUCACAGCAAUAUGGUACUUAUCUUUCACAUAUUGUUCAUUUACCCAAUGUAAAUCAAAUUAACUUUGAGUCAUGUGUUUAUGCAGGUCUAUGGAAAGAUAUUCAAUUUAUUCUACAAGCAUGUCCAAAUGUGAUUGAUCUUCAAAUUAAUCCUGCAGAUUUAGUUUUAUCAGAAUUCAUCGAUAAUCAAUUUCUUAUUUCAAUUUUCAAACAAAUUAAAAUACUCAAAUCAAUAAGAGAAAAUGAUUGUGUUCCUUCAAAUUUUGCAUCAAAACUUGUUGAACGUUUUUCAUCACUUACUGAUAUUGUACUUCAAGUGCUUUCAUUCGAUGAUUGUAUAUGUGUUAUUGAUAUAUUACUUAGUCAUCUAAAAAAUUUGUCUUAUCUUAAAAUUUAUUAUAAUCAAGUUUCAUCACUCGAUCAUCCUUUCUCACAUAAUUAUAUUGUUGAUAAACGUCGCGAAACAUUUGAUUUUAAUAUUAUGGAUGAACAUAAGGUUACAGUUAGCAAGAAUGAAGAAUCUGUAGAGAUUAGAUUAUCAUGA